GUAAUAUUUUAGAGUUGUGUGACCAAAAUAAGGUUUUUGUUUUGGAUCGUUUUUUUUUUUUAUAAUUCUUCUUUCUUGUUGUUUCUUCAAAUGAUGAAUACCUUUGUUUUAAUACUAGAUCGAGUUGUAAAUGCGGGGAUUCCCCGCUUGGUUGCGUUUAACGUUGAGGCAAUGUUCGUCAGAUUGCAAUGUUCAUAACAUUGCAUAGUAUUGCGUGGACCAAUAUAACACUUAGUUUAUUACACAUAGCUGAGGGAUAGUUGUUGGUAUACAUGUUCGUCCGUUUCCCGAUUGUUGGUAAAAGUCUUUAAAAGGGAGGUCCAGCAUGGCGGUUACAAUUGGCGUGUGUACAUCUGCCAUGGAGUCUAACGUCAGCGUGCUCUUGUCCAAGUUGAGAUCGAGUCUGCCGAUGAUCACCAUCAGGAUGGUGUCCUUACCUUACAACGAUCUCGACAGCUUUCGAUUAGAGUUACAAGGUCUUGAUGGGUUGAUUCUCUGUCAUUCUAUCAACAACCGUCGCUUUGCCAUAACCAAUGUCACAGAUGCACUCUAUGAUAGUUUCUUGCCCAGAGCAAAGAAAUUGCUGAGUAAGAGGAACGUAGCCGUAAUUGCGCAUGACUUCACCUGGCCAUUCCAGAAGAAAGCUGUACUCGAAAGUUUCCAGAGGAACCAACCAACGGCUGUGGAUUGCUCUUCACUCCUCAUCUUCUGUGGUAAGUUGGACGACAACCGGGAUGAUACCCUGCAGAUGGAUGACUUCGAUUGGAACCAACUUUUGGGAUUUGCAAGAAACGUCACACCCCAGACAUGCCAGAAGAGGUCUCAGAAGCCAGCAGGGAGUUCCCUGUUUGGGUCAUCUGUAGAUAUGCUUUGGUCAUGUCGUAAUAGGUCCAUGCUUUGGGAAUGGAUCCAGUCCGCAAUGGGUCUCGUUGUUUUCAUCAUUGGAUUCAUCGUCGUGAGCGUUAUCACGAUCGUAACCAGUGUCGGUUUAUUUCCAUUGGCAAUAAUAGUGGCUCUCUUUUUGUUGCUAUAUUGGUUCUUUAAGAAAGUACGUCAUCACAUUCGAGCCAAAAAAGUAGUCAAUGUCAGUCUGUAUGAUGUCAAGAGUGAGGUAGUCAGCCACUACUGAAAAGAUAAAGAAAGGGUAUUGAGGUACAUGUGGUACGGGGUAGAAACAUGCACUUAUCCAGUAUAUGGCGUGCUCAUUUUUCCAAAGCUUAUUACAACCACUUUCCUGAGAAGGGCUCAUUUCUUAAAUUAUGUUUUCUCCUCUGAGUGAAAGGGAGAUGGAUCCAACUUGUUUGUCCUGGUAAUUGUGUUUUUAGCAUGUCAUAUUUUUCAUGAGGACGUGCCUUUUUUUUAGUGAUAACAGUUCCUUUUUGUUUAUUUGGUCGUCAGGAAAUUUCAUGUGAGCCAUCUUGUAAAAAUAAAUUGUACUCAUCCAGUUUUUUGAAGGGAGGAUCAAUAUAAGUCAGACACAGCGACAGGCUGGUAGAAAGCCGUUUUGUCACGACGUCACCAUGUAUUGUUGAAUACUUAUGACAAAAAAAAUACGAGCCAUGAGAAAAAAAAAAAUUACAAAAUCAUCGCUAGCAAGAUUAUGGAAAAUUUUCAUUAUUUUGUAUAGAUAACUUUCAUCACCAUGACGUCAUUUACCCAUAAUUUGAUAUGUUGAUAUUCCAGCAUCAAGACUUUUUACUUUUGAAUUAAUAAUAUCCGAGCAUCUGCGUGUGUGUGCUUGUGUGCGUUUUAUUGCUUGAAUUUCAAUCCAAUUUUGCAUUUGCCUUUGGUUCUUAUUUUCUUCAGCCGCUUUCGAAAUUGUUGAUUGUUGCCCUGUAUUGUAAAUUGAUAACAAGAGGAGGUGUUACAGGGGACAUCCCAUAUUAUCAUGAUUUUUUUAUGAAAAACUGAAGAAAAUUGAAAAAGUUAACGAUUUACCUUUCGUUAAUUUAUUCUCCCAUUAUUUUCCAUUUAUUCAUUUAAAAAAAUUCUAGACAAGCUCAACUAAAUUUGAAGACCAAUGAAACAUUUUGUUUGUAAUGUACGAAGUAAUAAAACAAAUUUAAAAGAAACAACAGGGGCAAGCCAACAAGAGUUUGCGAAUAUUCUAUGAAAAUGAAAAAUUAACGUGCCUUCCACUUUUCUCUACAUGACUUUUUAUAAUGCCAUUUCCUUUAUUUUUUUUUUCAUUUUCUAAAUACAAGGGGCUACACAGGUCUAUCUGUAACGAUUGUCCAACUUACUACGAUAAUUGCUAUGAAUUGACAUAAUUUCACUGAUGAUGAUUAAUAAUAAAAAGAAAAAUACUACUACUACUAUAUACUACUACUACUACUACUACUACUACUAUUACUACUACUACUACUACUACUACUACUACUACUACUACUACUACUACUACUACUACUACUACUACUACUACUAUUACUACUACUACUACUACUACUACUAGUACUACUACUACUACUACUACUACUACGGCUACUACUGCUACUACUACUACUACUAUUACUACUACUACUACUACUACUACUCUUACUACUACUACUAAUAAUAAUAAUAAUAAUGAUAACAACAACAACAAUCGACAAGAAUGAUAAUAAUAAUAAUCCAGUCAAUAAAUCAGAGUUUAAUCAGUGACACAGUUUUCAUCAAGUUGAAUUAAUUCUAACGUCAUUUCAUUAAGUAAUGUGAUAUGAAUUUUUUUUCUUCUGUAUGAUGAAAAUCGUAUUAUAAGCCCUACAAUACGCUGAAUUUUCAUGAAUAGUAAUCUGCCUAUGUGAAUAACAUUUUGCAGUGUACUAAGACUUAAUUGUUUGAUUUGAGUCGCAUUUUUUUUACAGCAGUUUUACUGCUUGCAAUAUUUCUUGCAAUUUUUUUUAAUAUAAUUAUUUUCAUUCCAAAUUUUCAGCUGAUUGUCUGUUUCUUGCAAGAGACAGAAACUGGUUUGGUAAAAUUGAAUUUAAGCCUAUCGAUUUCAAAAGUUACAACCUGGGACGGGGGAGGGGGGGGUGGGAGGUUGAGCGUCACCUUUUUAUCUUUUUUUUCUCUCUUGUCAUUUCAUACAUCUUGUUAAUAUUUCAUUUUGUAAUUGCUGAAACGCAUCAGUAUUAAUUUCCAGUAUCUUUGAAGUUUGAUGUAUAAUUUGUAUGAUUAUAUGGGAUAUGGAUUUAUUGUAUAAUUCAUAAUCAUGUUUCAAAUAAUUUGUACAACUUGCUUAUGGAAUGUGAAUGUGUAUUUUAAUUUGAUAGAAUACAAAAUAACAUCCUUAAAAAAACAAUUGAAAUUUGCAAUCGAUUUCAAGCAAUUUUCUUGCAACAGAACUUUAUUGUAUUUCCUGGUUGUCUAAGAAUACCAGGAAUAUUCCACGAGUUAAUGAAUAUUGCAUGAAUCAAGGAAUGAGUGAAAUAUUGGCCCAAAACGAGCCAGAAUAUUUUCAUGUAUCCAUUAAGUAAAACCAUUGAAUAACAUCACUCCGAAAUGUAUAUUUAAAUAAAAGGAGAAAAUAAAACAAGAAUUAAAGUUAAAAUUUCAUCAAAAUCGGAUGUACAAUAAGACACAACCAUGUUCAAAACACGAAUGUGCUCAUGUGCAAAUGAGAGUUGGGAAUGUCACUCACUGCACUCCAGGAUUUUCCAGGGGGGAGGCACAUAUUCCUGAUGAAAAUUUGACAAGCAAAAAAAAAGUUUUUCACC